GCCGCCGCCGCCUCCUCUUUCCCGCCAUCCGGCCCGACGUGGCCGCCUUCGCCAUGGAGCUGCCGCCCGCAGGUGCUGAACCAAUGACUCUAGGCUCCCCAACAUCUCCAAAGCAAGGAACUAGUGCUCAAUUCCUGCCUGGGUUUUUGAUGGGUGACUUACCUGCCCCAGUGACUCCGCAGCCACGUGCUUUAUACGGCCCUUCAGUUGGUGUAAUGGAAACAAGGUCUCCACUACUAGCAGGAGGGUCUCCCCCACAACCAGUUGUCCCUUCACAUAAAGAUAAAGGUGGUGCUCCACCAGUUAGAAGCAUUUAUGAUGAGCUAUCUAGUCCUGGGCUUGGAUCAACACCUCUAUCCUCAAGAAGAGCAGCCAGCUUUACUUUAACACAGAGCCCAUCAGUUGGAAUUCUGCCAUCAACUCCAGGAGCAGCUUCAAGCGUGUUCAGUCCUGCAAGUAUUGGGCAGCCUAAGAAGACUACUCUGUCUCCUGCUCAGCUAGAUCCUUUCUAUACUCAAGGUGAUUCCCUUACUUCAGAAGAUCAGCUUGAUGACACAUGGGUAACUGUAUUUGGAUUUCCUCAAGCAUCAGCUUCCUAUAUUCUACUGCAGUUUGCUCAGUAUGGAAACAUAUUAAAGCAUGUGAUGUCCAACACAGGAAAUUGGAUGCACAUUCGAUAUCAGUCUAAGCUUCAAGCCCGGAAAGCCUUAAGCAAAGAUGGAAGAAUUUUUGGUGAAUCCAUCAUGAUUGGUGUCAAGCCCUGUAUAGAUAAAAGUUUGAUGGAUAACUUUGAAAGAAGCUCUGCAUCUUCAGUGUCUUCGAUUUUCACUCCACCUACAAAAUCUGUUGGCACACCAGUACAACCUGCAAAUAAUACUACGAGGAUUUCUACAAUGAGACCUCUUGCAACAGCAUAUAAGGCUUCGACUAGUGACUAUCAGGUGGUUUCUGACAGACAAACUCCUCGGAAAGAUGAAAGUAUUGUAUCUAAAGCAAUGGAAUAUGUUUUUGGCUGGUAAUAUACAAGAGGAAGUAACACACUAAGCUGGUCAUGGUUUGAACUUUACUACUGGCAUUUGUAGUUAGUUGUAUAACUACUGGUGGCAGUAUUUCAUCUUACAUAGCACCUGUUAUGCCUUCAAUUCAUUCAGAAGACAUGUAGCUUGCACUUUAAAUGAUGCAGUGUACACACGAUUUUACAAACUGAGUAAGUGUAAAUAAAAGUGCUUUAUCCCUAUUUGUGCUCUGAUGGCA